AUGGCCCACAUCUUCGACGUUGCACCUCUUAUCGAUACCGGAUAUAUCGACGGAAAAAAGGUCGGCAACCAAGUCAAGUACCCAAACACUGGAACCUUCAGCGGCUUCAACAAACCAUUUCGCUUAGAGGGUGAUAUUUUCGAUCUCGAAAUAUCAGGAACUAUCCCACCUGAGAUAAAUGGCACUUUUUACCGAGUCCAGCCUGAUCAUCGCUUCCCUCCCGUUUUUGAAGAUGACAUCCAUUUCAACGGAGAUGGCAACAUCACUGCCAUUCGCAUCCAAAACGGCCAUGCUGAUUAUAAGCAGCGAUAUGUCAGAACAGACAGAUUCUUGGCAGAGACAAAAGAGAGAAGGAGUCUGUUCGGAAGAUAUCGCAAUCCCUUCACGGAUUCAGAGUUGGUGAAAUCAGUCAUCAGAACUUCCGCCAACACCAACAUCACCUUCUGGCGAGGAAUGCUUCUGGCCUCUAAGGAAGACGGUCCGCCAUAUGCCAUGGAUCCAGUCACUCUGGAGACCAUCGGACGGUAUGACUUUGAAGGGCAGAUCCAAUCUCCAACAAUGACUGCUCAUCCCAAGUUUGAUCCUGAAACGGGUGAGAUGAUCUGCUUUGCCUACGAAGCCGGCGGGAAUGGCAAUGAUGGAUCGCGCCAGAUCGCUGUCUGGACAAUUGAUGCCAACGGCAUCAAGACCGAGGAAGCUUGGUACGAAGCUCCGUUCUGCGGUAUGAUUCACGAUUGUGGCAUAAGCAAGAACUACAUCGUUCUUCCCAUGACGCCCCUAAAAUGCAACCCAGAUCGUCUCCAAAAGGGGGGAAAUCACUGGGCUUGGGAUCCCAAAGAGGAUCAGUGGUACGGCGUAGUCCCGCGGCGAAACGGAAAGCCCGAGGACAUUAUCUGGUUCCGGUCUGAUAACGGUGAGUUGACUCGGCAAUAUGAUAAGGUGCUUACUGACAUGCAGUCAGCAUUCCAUGGGCAUGUUGCAGGGUGCUACGAAAAAGAAGAUGGCAACAUCGUGUUUGACCUUACGGUAGCAGACGGUAACGUCUUCUUCUUCUUCCCGCCAGAGGAUACACCAGCUGGUACCGUUACGAAGCGGAACCGCUUAAACAGCCCUACCAAGCGAUGGGUGUUCAAUCCAAAGAGUCCUUCGGGGACACGCGUACAGGCCAGUGAAGAGUGGGAUACCAGCGGUGAAUUCUCCCGUAUCGAUGAUCGCUAUGUCACAAAGAAGUACAAUCACUUUUGGCAAGCCAAGAUUGACGGGUCACGAGAGUACAACGCUGCGAAAUGCGGCUCACCAGCUGGAGGACUCUUCAACUGCUUGGCUCACUAUACAUGGGAUGAGAGAACGGAAGAUAUCUUCUGGGCCGGUCCCUGCGCUACGUUCCAAGAACCAUCGUUCAUGCCUAAGAAGAAUGGCGGAGAAGGUGAAGGCUGGUUGAUUGCGCUAUUAAACCAUCUUGACGUUCUGCGCAAUGAUGUGGUUAUCUUUGAUGCACAGAAUCUUGCUGCAGGGCCCGUGGCUACAAUUCAUCUACCGAUGAAGCUUAGACUUGGACUUCACGGUAACUUUGUGGAUCAGGUGGAUAUAGAGGAGUGGCAGGUCAGGAGGCAGCCAGGCGGGGAUGUUGGCCCUGUGAGGCCGGCGGAGAAGCCUUUGCCCUGGCAGUCGGAAGCUGACAGCAUAUGA